GCAAGGGGGGUGCAGAGUCCAGGCUUGACUCAUCUCUCCUUUCACCAGGGCUAAGAUCUCAGCUUUAUACAGAAAACAAGACGUUAGCCUCCAAGCAAGGGAAGCGCUCAGCCCCAAGGCCACAAGGAGGCAACUCGCCUGCUCCAUCCCUCUGCCAUGGAGUACCUUUCAGCCUUGAACCCCAACGGCCUGCUGAGGUCAGUAUCCACUAUAAGCUCUGAGUUUGGCCGUAGGGUCUGGACCUCAGCUCCGCCACCUCAGCGACCCUUCCGUGUCUGUGAUCAUAAGCGGACAGUCCGGAAAGGACUGACAGCUGCCACCCGUCAGGAGCUGCUAGAUAAGGUGCUGGAGACCCUGCUGCUCAGUGGAGUACUAACCCUGGUGCUAGAGGAGGACGGGACUGCUGUGGAAAGUGAGGACUUCUUCCAGAUGCUGGAGGACGACACGUGCUUGAUGGUGCUAGAGCAGGGACAGAGCUGGAGCCCCAAGAGUGGGAUGCUGUCAUACGGACUAGGACGAGAGAAGCCAAAACACAGCAAGGACAUUGCUCGCAUCACCUUUGACGUAUACAAGCAAAGCCCUCGGGACCUCUUUGGCAGCCUCAAUGUCAAAGCUACAUUCUACGGGCUCUACUCCAUGAGCUGUGAUUUUCAAGGAGUUGGUCCCAAGAAAGUACUCAGGGAGCUCCUUCGCUGGACGUCCUCACUGCUGCAGGGCCUGGGCCAUAUGCUGCUUGGAAUUUCAUCCACCCUUCGCCACCUGGUAGAGGGGGCGGAGCGAUGGCAGUGGCAACGACAGAGUCACCUCCAUUCAUAACAAAAAGGUGCUCUGAGCCCCACGACUGGUUCCAUGUGACGCCAUGAGGGCUCUAGGGCGUCAUCAGGUUUGGGGUCUGUAGUGUACCAUGGGUACCUCCCUGGAUCCAUCGUAACAGAGCCCAGUUCCACCUCGCCUUGGUCCUCUAGGCCGUAGGCUUUCCUGAAGAACGCUGCUUGUCUUCCCUACCGUCCUGCCUCCCACUUAUCCUGCAGAACCACAACCUGGUCCCCUGGCAUCCUAAUCCCACUGUAACAGCUGCUACGUUCUUACUGACGCCUAUUCCU